ACGCGCUACCGUGCGACCGAGUGUACAGAAAUGGCGAAAUUCUCCACAAGUGAAGACGAGAUCUUAAUUGAAGAAGUUCAGAAAUAUUCAGUCAUAUACGACUACCAAAGCGAAAAUUAUAAGAACUUCUUAGUAAAAGAAAAUGCAUGGAAAAAAAUUGCAUUUUCAGUAAAGAAAGAUGUUGACGCAUGUAAAAAGCGAUGGAAAGGUAUAAAAGAUACUUAUUUUCAUCAUAAAAGAAACCGCAAAAUGGAAACCGGUUCAUCUGCGUCAGACAAACCAGUAAAGUGGAACCUUUAUGAACGCCUCUCCUUUCUAGAUAGAGUUGUACAAGAACGAAGUUCAAAAAACACACUGAAUUUUGAUGGAAGCCAAUUGAGCGAGAUCGAAAGUGAAUCUGUCGACAACAACGAAUCAAAUUUAUCCGUCGAUGAUACUGGUCCUGAAGAAUUGUUGGAUCCCUCAAGCUCCAGUGCAUUAGAUUCUGACAACCAAUCUUAUCCAAAUGUUCGAGAAAGCGAUACAAUAUCUACCACUACUGCCAGUCGUUGUUCUUCAGCUGCUAGUUCCACCGCUAUAUCAGCAAGACCAAAUAUGAAGAGGAGUCGCAGCAAUGAUCCCAAGGAGGCUUAUCUUAAACGUUUUGAAGACAGGGCUCAGAAGAGAACUGAAAUUUUACAAGCUGUGCAGAAACAGACCGAAGCACCAGAACUUGAUGACUUAGAUCUCUUUAUGAAAAGUAUAAGCUUAACAGUUAAGACACUACCAAAACCAUUAAUAAAUGAAGCGAAAUUGGGUAUUUUAACUCUCGUGACUAAUUUAGAGUCUAGAGCAAUGUCUUUCCAUACAAAUCAAGCACAUUAGUAUAAUUCGAGAUAUAACUUGAGUGCAAACAAUCGGUUAGGUAACUACUAUCAGUCUUACAAUCCACACACACAACAACCAUCAUCUCCAAUACCUUCUUCACAACCUCCAACUGUUCUAGAAUCCUCAACCAUUGCUGACUUCACCCUUCAAGAACUAUAAAAAACCUUUUAUUGAUUACGUUAUUAUUGGAAUCAUUGUUACGUUUCAUCAUAAUUUCUGUUUAUUAGUUUAUUACAUAAUGUAGAUUUGUCACUUGUCCAAAAUAAAGUUAUUUCCAAAUAUCAAA